GGGGCAGAGGGAAUUGACGCCUAGAGCUGAGGACUGGGGGACCAGCUGUGCAGGACGCAGGCGAGGAAGAGGUUAUUUCCCUGCCAGGCAGGCAAGGGAUAAAUUCAAGGCACAGGGCUCCCCAGCCUCAGGACCCGCCUGACACAAUGGCCACGGGGAGAGUCCUGCUUGGCUUUCUGCUGCUCCUAUCACUACAGCUGGGCAUCGGCUGGAGCCCUGACACUCAGGGGGCUCCUAUGGCAGAGGAAGAGUUCUUGUCUGAGCAGACAAGAGAUGCUGGAGGGACCUGCAGACCGCCACUGGACACUCACCACCCCCAUGCCCGCUUACGCCGAGCCCCAGCCAGCCCCUGCCAACUGUGGAGCCUGACCCUACCCGUGGCGGAGCUGGGCCAGGGCUAUGCCUCCGAGGAGAAGAUCACCUUUCGCUACUGUGCUGGCAGCUGCCCCCGCGGAGCCCGCACCCAGCACGGCCUGACGCUGGCCCGACUGCGGGGCCAGGGCCGAGCCUUUGGUGGGCCCUGCUGCCGGCCUACCCGCUAUGCUGAUGUGGCCUUCAUUGAUGACCAUCACCGCUGGCAGAGGCUGCCCCAGCUCUCAGCAGCUGCCUGCAGCUGUGGGUGAGAGUGCCCAGCCCAGAGCUCCGGUUCCCUGUGCAUGGAGCUCUGGAGGAGCUGGGCUCACUUAUUUAUAGGAGCCUGGAAGCAAGAAGACAAGAAGGGGUGGUGGGCUGGGUGCUGGCAAAGAGCACAAUAAAGAAUCUGCUU